AGUGACAGUGUUUGCAUUAUCAUGCAAACCCUUAUAUUGGCUGAGAGGAUUUUUUAACGCUAAGCUGGCUAAUCAUUUAAUUAAAACAUUGCAAACGUAUCAGAAAAUAUGACUUUGCUGCGAAAUUUGUGCUGCGGAUUAUAUCUUUUGACUUUCAGUUUACAUUGGGCUGAAGGCCUACUUGAUCCCGUCUCUCUGUCAGUUGCAGCCGGUUUGGGUCUUAGCGCUUGGUACGGUAGCUUUCUCAAGGAUCAGACUUUUUGCCGGUUGACAGAAUGCUGCAAUGAACGCAGUAUUCCGGCAGAUAUUGAAAAAUUAAGAAGAAAGCUGGGGUCGAAGUUAUUUGGACAACACAUCGUAAUGCAGCAAUUGCUAUCAGCGCUGAAAGCGCAUUUAAGUCCUAAUAGUUCAUCACGCAAACCACUGGUGAUAAGUUUUCAUGGAACGCCAGGCACAGGAAAAAACUACGUGGCUGACAUGGUCGCGGAGGCAUUGUAUGAAAAAGGUGUUAAAAGUAGAUUUGUGCAUAAGUAUAUGGGGAGGUUAGAGUUUUCGCUCGACAAAGACGUGCAAAAGUAUAAUAAUCGAAUUUUUCAUGACGUUAUCUCUGGCAUCAACGAUUGUCCAAUAUCGUUAUUUAUAUUUGAUGAAGUGGACAAAAUGCCACAAGGAGUGUUUGAAUCGUUGACGUCACUAGUUGAUUAUAAUGGACUACCAAACAAAAUGGAUGGCUCAAAAGCGAUAUUCAUUUUCAUUUCUAAUACGGCAGGAGUGCAAAUAUCUGAUCAAUUGGCCAAAAUGUUAAAAAGUGGGUUUAUGCGAGAAGACGUUAAACUAAGUGCCUUUGAACAGAUACUAGAAAAAGCAUCGUACAAUUUAGAAGGCGGAUUAAAGAAAGCCGGUUUGAUUGAGCAACAUGUAAUCGAUCACUAUAUACCCUUCCUUCCGCUCGAGAAACAUCACGUCCACAAAUGUAUAGAGGCAGAGUUUGAUAAAUGGGACCGUAAACCACAGCAAAAAGUGAUAUUGUCUAUGCUUCAAGAUGUUAUUACGUAUGAGCGCGAACAUGGGCUCUUUGCCACAUCGGGCUGCAAAACGAUAGAGAAGAAGGUAGCGACAGAGGUUUGGAUUAAUUGAAACCUAGGGUUUAUUAAUUAAUUUGUAAGCAUUUCUUACAUUAAAGUAUCAUACAUUUCUAUAUUUUAAAUAA